AUGUCGAGUCGACCGAUAUCGAGCCGCAAACGGAACUAUAAUCAGACGCCUGCACUUGCCGUUGAACAGGAAGCGGAUGAUGAGGGGCCGUUUGCUGAUGCGCGUCAAGUCGAGCAGGACUGGGACGCGCGCGACGCCUCGACGAUAGGGCGUCCCAGCGGCGAGUAUGCAGACGCUCCGGAUGAGGCAGGUAGUGUGCACAAUGCACCUACCGUGUUUGACGAUGCUCGUGCGGCACCAAGCACGUAUGAACCAAGUACUUACGAGGAGCCGAGCAUGUACGAAGAAUACGACGACGCGCCUGGCAUGUCGUACACAAACUCGACGUCGUUUAGCGAAGAUUACCCCACCUAUGGCGAACAAACAGCAUAUGAUCGCGGCAGUCAGGACACACUGCCGCAGCGCCGCAGCGCAUUCAUUGAAAAACCGUACACAGAGGGGCGCGAUGCGGAAAAGUAUGUGGACUCCAAAGAGUACGGGUACCAUUUCGACCCUAGAUACCCCGAGGCAGAGGAUGAGCAGCAUCCUGGCGGGUUUCCCGCCUUUUUUCAUCACUCCGUGGGCGAUUACGGCGAGUUUAACAUUUUUUCGCGCCUGUACCUCGAGAUUCGGCAGCUUUGCAUGUUUGGUGUCACCUCGAUUGCGCUCCUUUUUGUGGGCAACUUGGCCUACUUCCGCUACUUUAACCCGUUCAAGCACUCACCGCCCAAGGCACGUACGGACUCUGAAUUUGAGCGCCGCAUCACGGGCGAGCGUUUGAGCGAGCGCGUGGAAUACUAUGCGCAGUACUGGGGCUACGUCUGCGAAGAGUAUGAGAUUGAGACUGCGGGCGGAUGGCUCCUCAAGGCGCACCGUAUUUCCGAUCCGCGCCGUCCUGGGGGCCGCGGCUACCCAGUCGUACUCCAGCACGGUAUCUUGUGUUCCUCGUUGUUUUUCUUUACCAAUGAGGAGCGCAGUCUUGGCUUUUGGCUCGUGGACCAAGGAUUCGAUGUGUGGAGCACCAAUAUUCGCUCGAAUAUGGGCGCUGGACAUGUGCGGUUCAAGCGCUGGGAUCCGCGCUUCUGGGCGUGGGGAAUGAUGGAGCUUGCCGAUGAUUUGGUCGAUGUCGUGCAGUAUGUUUUGGGCGUCACCGGCUCCUCGCAGCUUGCCUAUGUCGGACAUUCGCAGGGCACUGCAUCCAUGUUUUUGGCGCUCAGCCACGGCAAGUACCCCGAGCUCGGAAACAAGUUGAGCUCAUUCACCGCGCUCGGCCCCGCCGUCUUUCCCGGGCCCUCGCUGAAUCGUUUCCCUUUCCGUGUGAUGCAACUGUUCAAGUCGCGCUGGUCCUGGUCGCUUGCGUUUGGUGUGCGUGACUUUAUCCCGGCUAUUACCCUAGCGCGUAGUUUGGUGCCUGCGUGGCUCUUUGGGCACAUGGCCUAUGUCAUCUUUGGCUACCUGUUCGACUUCCACGACCACAAUUGGGUCGACCGCUUGAAGCCCAAGAUGUUCCGCGCGACGGGUAUUCCGACAAGUUCGGAGCUCUUGUACUACUAUAUGCAAUCGUUCGUGCUGCGUGGAUGUGUAUUUAAUCCUACUGUGCGCACGCCUUGGUUUCCCCGUUCUUUCCCGCCCCUCACUGUGGCGUACGGAUCGACGGACAACCUCGUGCUUGGCAAGCCGUUAAUUGAUCGUUUGCUCAAGCACGAGUCGAAUGUCGAGAUUGUGCAUAUUAUCGAACUCCAAGGGUACGAGCACAUGGACAUGGUUAUGGGCGUGGAUGCGUACAAGACUGUGUUUCCCAAAAUCAAGGAUACCAUCCUUAGGACGAUGGAUCUGGAAGAUGUGCCCGCGAGCAAUACCAUGUAG